UUGAAGACGAAACUAGAUCUAAGGAGGAAGAGUAUGCUACAAAGAAGGAAAUUCUUGAUGCUGCACAAGCGAAUGCUAAAAAGUUGGGGUUUGCAGUAGUAAUUAAAAGUAGUAGUUCACGUCACCUCCACCUCCAAUGCAAAUGUAGUGGUCAGCCUCGGAAUAAUUGGAAUCUAACAAUAGAUACACGUCAAAGGAAAAGGAUGAGUAAGUGCUGUGAAUGCCCAUAUCUUAUAAAAGCCGUUCCAAAUAAGCUUAAAUGGAGUGUUGUAGAAAUUGUCAAUGAGCAUAACCAUUCAAUGGCCAAAGAAGCGCGUGCUUUUUAUGAACAUCGUCAAUUAACACGAGAUACUAGACAUAUUGCUGUUACAAUGUUAAAAGCUGGGGCAAAACCAAGUAUGGUUUAUGAGGCUAUUAGAGAUGAGAAUAAAGAUCCAACUGCAACAAGAAAGGAUAUAUCCAAUUUAAGUACACGAAUUCAUACUUUAGAAGAAACGGCUUCAAUGGGUGCAUUGAUAACAGGUAUGGAAGAAAGAGGGUAUGAUAUACAUCGUGAAACUUAUCAAGGGAAGUAUUUUUAUAUUACAUUUGAUAUUGCCGGUGCUUGGAUUUCAAACGAAUCUGAAAAAUCCUAUACUUGGGUUAUUGAACAGCUUGCAUUAUUCGUUUUUCUAGAUAUUUUUCCUCUUGUAUUUGUCACUGACAAUAAUUCUGCGCUUAUCAAUGCCCUUGGCAAAGUAUUUCCUAAGUCCGAACAUCUUUUAUGCACCUGGCAUAUCGUGAAUAAUUUUAAAAAAAAUUUACGAAAGUAUUUUAAUGACAGUGCGUUUGAUGAAUUUAUUAAGACUGUAGAAAAUUUCAUUUAUUCAAGAGAUCGUGAGGAGUUAAAUGCUGCUAUGGCUGAUUAUAGGAAAUUGGCAUCAUUAAGUUCGAAUGAAAAGGAAGUAUUAAGAUACCUUAACAG